GAGUCCUUUUGACACAUUGUUAAUUAAUAUUCAAUUAAUUGUAAUUUUUUUUGUAGUUAUUAAAUAAUUUGUGAUUUAUUUAGAGUAAUGAGAGAAAGAUAAGUAAAUAAUUUUUGUCAAAUAUGUUUUUCUUUAACUUAUAGCAUUGACAUCCUCCCCCCAAGUUAUAAAAGGCUAUCAGAAUGCAAACAGACUUUUCUUUCUUCAGUGAUAAAGAGAAAUGAGGCUGCGGACAGAUGAAACAUCUGCCAUCACAGCCAAUGUUUUGUCAGAUAUCACAACUGACAAUGAAGAGUAUGAUUCAGACACUGGCUGAUGUCCGUUCAUCUUUGUGAAGGCUUGGAUUGGACUGGCCAAUAUUUGGCUAUUUUAAAGUUUUGUCCAAUUGUUGUGGUUCUUGUGUCAAAACAGAGCGAUACACCGUUUUGGUGCGUGUUACUGCAUACCGCAGUGUCAGUUUAAGAAAUCGCAUGGACAGGCUUUCUUAUCAUUAUCUAAAUAAACAGCUUGUGACUUGACAGAGCCAAAUGGGAGGAGCUAGAGCUCCAGCUCCCCCUCUAGUGGGCGGGGCUUGAAGCGCUAUCAAGCGCCACCAUGUGGCUAUUAAUGUUAGUGCGAGUUCAACCGUAAUUGAAGUAAAUGUUUGUUUUGAUUCGCAAGAUGCUGGCAUAGACAUUAUUGGCUUAAUUUCUCUAAUAUUUGUCACGAUUAUGAUUAUUUUCAGCAUGGUCAGUAUCGUUUCUUUGACAAACGGCAUUACGUAAAUACUUUUUUUUUUUUUUUUUAAAUAAUGCUUUGUCAACAAAUAACGCACGAUUCUCCCACUGUAAAUACUUAUAUAAAACGCUCAAACUUAUUAUUAACAAUGUGAAGGCUUACUCUCUGUGCACCCCUCUUAAAUUUUUGGCCACCGCAUUAACGUGUGGGUUAUUUAUGAACUAAAUCAUCUGAUUAAUUAAUGUAAUAAAUAAUAAUAACAACAGUAAUUAGACUAAAUAAUAUGUUUUUAUGUGAAUGCAUAAACUCCAACAGGCUAUUUUUAAAUUAUAUUUUAAAUUUAAAUGGAAUAUUGACUGUAAUUUUAGACAGACUCAGCCUUCAUGUGAUAGGCUAUACAUUAUGCCAUUUUUUUAAUGUAGAUAAGUAACCAGUCUAAAACCAGCCAUGUGACUUCUCACACUAGAGGAAAAAUAAGAUAACAAAUGUGCUCUGGGAUUAGUGAGGUAUCCAUCCUACAAGUUUACACUGGGUUUAUUUGUUUCUAUUAACCUAAAUUAGCUAAAUGUGCAUCUAAACAUAAAAUAAAUCAUACAUCUAGAUAAAAUAUUAUAAUAAGAAGUUAUAAAUCAGACGUGACAGUCCUCACGUUGUAAUUCAGCGUUGAGCCACUAGAGGGAGAAGGAAGCACACUAACAAAUGCGCGAGGCGCUACACUGUUGAAGCGAAUCCACCGCGCGAGGGCGAUGCGUGAACUUUACUUGGCUGCUAACAAAGAAGCAAGUUGUUUUGGUCAUAAAAGUCUGAGAAAAGCGCUUUUGCACUUUUAUUUGACCACCUUAAUGCUUUUGGCAGUUCACACUCGUUCUGCAGUGCCGCUGCAGAUGUUUGACUGAAAUGGCUUUAAGCGUUUGUUUAUGUAGCUAUCAUGCAAAGGAAGUUCGCAUUUGCGCAUCUUUCAGAAAAGUGACUGAAGGAAAGUAGCACAACGGCACAGAACGAUCCCGUUUUUUGUUUUGCUCAACUUCUUCACGGGGAGGUUCCUCUGCUUUGGGCAUGCUCAGUCAGCUUGUUUUUGUCUAAGAACCUGUAAGCAUCAAUCAUCCGAGCUCUCCAUCCACACCCAGUUAAGAUGUUUAUGAGCAGGCAGCGACUCGGCCUUACAUAAUAAAAUCAGUAAGACCGCCCACACGAGUUAAAUGCCGAUCAGGGAACAUGCACAGCUUCAGUUUUGUUUUGAACCUGAAGCAAGAGCAGCUUCCUUGCACUUGAAUGCACGCUCUCGCUCUUUGUUUGACUUCGCACUUCUGAAUUAGACCUACUUCAAGGACUGCACUUGGGCAGGACCAAAGAUGAUUUUCGACAAGCUAAAAAAGCUCGAUAUAAUGUUUGAUUCUCCGGAGUUGGACUGUCCUCCGGUGUUCAGCAGCGGAGAUGUUGUCUCAGGGAAGGUUGUGCUCGAGCUCUCGGCGGAGAUUAAAGUGGAGUCGCUGAAGUUGCAUGCAGAAGGCUUCGCUAAAGUCCACUGGACCGAGUCUCGCAGCGCCGGGUCCAGCACGGCUUACACGCAGAACUACAGCGAUGAAGUGGAGUACCUAAACCGCAGAGAAGUUCUGCUGCAGGCAGAUAACGGUGAGCUGACGGUCCUGUCUGCUGGGAGACAUGAGUACCCUUUCAGUUUCCAGCUGCCAGAGGAAACUCUAGUGACAUCUUUUGAAGGCAAGCACGGCAGCAUUCGAUACUGGGUGAAGGUUAAGCUGCAUCGCCCAUGGGCCACCGUCAAGAAGAUCAAGAAAGAGUUCACCGUUAUCGAGCCCAUUGACAUCAACACACCAAGUUUGCUGGCACCUCAAGCUGGAACCAAAGAGAAGAUGGCACGCAUCUGGUACCGCAACUGCGGUCAGGUGUCGAUCACCGCAAAGAUCGACCGCAAGGGCUACACGCCGGGUGAAGUGAUUCCAGUCUUCGCUGAAUUUGAUAACUCCACGUCUCGCUCCGUGAUGCCGAAAGCUUACAUAACCCAGACGCAGACCUUCAUCGCAAGGGGAACCAUGAAACAGAAGAGGGCCGUGGUGGCAACUUUGUGCGGGGACAUAGUUGGUGCACGCCGUAGAGAAACAUGGCAUGGCCGUGCCAUCAAAAUCCCCCCAGUCGGACCCUCUAUCCUGCAGUGUCGCAUCAUUAAAGUGGAAUACAUGCUCAGGGUGUGCGUUGAUGUUCCUGGGACGUCCAAACUUUCCCUGGAGCUUCCUUUGGUUAUGGGCACCAUCCCUUUGCAUCCGUUUGGCAGUCGCACGUCUAGCGUCAGCAGCCAGUACAGCGUGAACAUGGAGUGGCUUCGCAUGGCCAUCCCUGAGCAGCCUGAGCCUCCUCCAGAUUACAGCUCUGUUGUGUCAGAUGAGGAAGCGGUCCAAAACUCCACAGCGGUCCAAAACUCCACAGCAGUCCAACCUGAGGAAGAUCUCAGCGGCGUGCAGGAGUGCUCCCUCAUGGCCUGCGUGCAGGAGUUCAGAUUACGCCCGCCUCCGGUGUACAGCGAGGUGGACCCAAACCCUCAGCCCAUCACCAUGCGUCCUCGCUGCAUGACCUGUUGAACUCUCUGCCAGCUGAGCAUCACCUGAUGUUUGAAACAAAAGCUGAGAUUUAAUUCUCCUGGAUGUCUCUCUGAGACUGAGAUUGGCACUUGUUCCUCGUUCGUGCCGUUCGCAUCUGUGCUUCCAGCAGCGGGGCCGAGAGAGGAGGAGAUGUCUGGACUAGGCGAGGGCGAGUGCUUUCAUCAAACAAAGAGGACAUUCAGUACCGGGGCGAACAAAGGUUCUGCCCACGUUUGUGUCCCAAAGAGCGAUCAGACUCUGGUCUGUGCCUCAAACGAUUGUACGUAGAAUCAGGGAAUUCUGGGCAUGAUCACUAGAGAAUUAUGGGUGAGAAGCCAUUCAGAGAUGCUACCCAUAGUGCCUUAUUUUGCUGUGAACGAGGGCUGAGUCCCUCUUAACCAGCUGCAGUCUGCCACCUUAGAUGUUAGCAGGCGUGUGAUGUUGUCCUCUCCCGAAACUGUCAUCAUGUACGCAUCUUUUGAUGUUGGUUUUAGCCAAAGAGAUCGGAGUAACGUUCAUGUGAACGGGUAAUUCUAUGCAAAAGGGAAAAACUAGAGCUUUAAGGGGGAAAUUGCAAAUCCUGGAAGUAGAAAAUCUUUUUCCCCCCUUUUGGAGUGGAUCUUAUGUUGGUAUAAGUUUCAUCUGGCUCGACAGAAGUUGAGUCUGUGACCUGGAAGGUCUUAAUGUCUCGCUGAAUGUAAUCCACGGAUAUCUUUUGAGCAAAACCGUUGUUUUUCUUUGUCGGUUUUGACUGUGACUUGAGGUAAUGCAUGUAAUGCAGGGCUCGAGCAGCCCUUGAUGGUUAGCUUUACAAAGUAAUGGGAGAAAUUACAAAGCCAUGUGUACCCAAGGUGCCUUUUUUGUUGUUUUAGACGAAACGCUGAACGACUACAGGGAUUGUCACGUUAAGCUUUCCUAGUGUUGCGACUCCCUGAAGUGUCCUUACACACAUUCCAAAAAUACCACAGACUUGCUUCAUUUCCAGAUUAUAAGAAAGUGUACCUUCAGGUUUAAACACAAUGAUUGUUUAUGGCACUCAUUUUGAAUGAAUGUAUUUUAUAGAUUUUUGUUGUUGUUGAAAUUUGUGACAAGCAUAUUUUUUGUUAAUCACUUUUAAGUAAAUAAAAAGGAAAAAUGAUGCACUUGAA